UCUUUUGGUUAAAUUCUGAAGACCUUUGUUGUCGCUCCUCGCCAAGUUUGACUCUUUUGAUCAUCGCUCUCCAUUCAUUUUGUCUUUCGCCGAUCGCUCGGUUAUUCGCCAUCUUGUCUGCCUAUGACUGCGGAAUUUUCACUGUACCUGUCACGAUUACUCUUGAGACGUACGGAGAGUGAAACUUACAACAACAAUGUCUGACUUCGUUGAUGGACUUUUCUUCAGGCUAGCAUGCGAGCAACCGCUCCCUCGUAGCACCAUCCAGGGUCGGAGGGCAGACAAGGCUUCCACCGCAAAGCCGUACACCCGCGCACAAGCAAGAUCUGAACAGCAGACAGAAAGUCUACAAUGUCCGCUUUUCCGUACUCCGACAGCCAACAAGAAGCGUACCCGCAAGCCCGAGUUCGAGAUUCUUAUCGACACUAACAUUGUUCAAUCUACGCCCGUUCAAUCGCCAAAGAAACCUAAAACAAACGAACGCGUUCCACUUGCCAUCAGGACGGAUUCUGCAAACGUCACGCCAGUCCCCUCUCCGCGUUGCUCCAGUACACCUUUCCCACUCUUACCAUCAGAUCCAUUGUGGGAAAAUGUCGAAAACUACGAUCCUCGUCCCUACCUCAUGACACCGCCUCCUACACCUGUUCGCCGAUCUCCUGCUCCUGAGAACUCCGCGACCGCUCCACCACCUCCGCCGAGUCUUCCACGUCGCUCACCUCGCACAGUCCAGUCUCGCCGACCUCUCUACACCAGACCGCUGUUGCCGCCCGUCGACAUGACCUUGUACAACGUCCUUGAGCUGGAGAACUGGAGGGCGACUGAGGAAGAGAUCAAGGCAGCCUACAAGAAGCUCGCCAGGAACAACCACCCAGACAAGGUCCCUGAGGAGCAAAGGGAAGAUGCUACACAGCUUAUGCAAACUGUGAACGCUGCAAAGGAGGUCCUUCUGGAUAGCAAGCGUCGCAGGGCCUAUCACAGGAACGCGAAACUUCCUUGGACCACGUAG